AUGAGAGGCGACAAAAUUGAUAUCCCUCGCAAAAGUUCCUGCCUCGGCAGAAGGGGUCACCCAAACCCGCUUCCUCCGUCGAGGAGAAGCCUUGACGCGUUACUUCUUUUUCAAGAGUACGCAUGGGAAACCCAAAACUUGCUUCCUUCGUCAAGAAGGAGCCUAGACACGUUACUUCUUUUUCAAGAAUACGUGAGAAGAGACCUAAAGCUUGCUUCCUCCGUCGAGGAGAAGCCUAGACGCGUUACUUCUUUUUCAAGAAUGCGCAUGGGAGACCCAAAAUUUGCUUCCUCCGUCGAGGAGAAGCCCAGACGCGUUACUUCUUUUUCAAGAAUACGCAUGGGAGACCCAAAGCUUGUUUCCUCCGUCGAGGAGAAGCCUAGACGCGUUACUUCUUCUUAA